CGAAGGACGUGGAUGGACGGGCUGCGCUCGACGUUCGAAUGAAUUUCGGGUAGGGUCGCGCAGUUAAUUCGACAAGUACUGAGUUUACGCGCGGCUCACAGCAUUACCAUGUGACGUAAGGACAGAAAGGAACGAUCGCAUCGUGCGUGAUGCUGAUGGAUAACGCAGAAAUGCACGACUCCAAAGUGCCAUCCACGCUGCCAUCUUGAAUCAGCUGUCAAGCAGACGAUACGCAGUGUCUCUGGAGGGGACAUGGAAAUAUCUGAAAGCAAUGCACAAGAUAUAGGAAACCAACAGCCAACAGACUUGAUCUCAGUGUACGUCAAGCGGGAGAACAAUGAGCCUGAGACGGACCUCAAUGAAGUGGAAAUAGUCACGGCAGCGCAACAUUUUUGUGCUAUCGAGAUCAAGGAGACCAAGAGCUACAACAUAACUAACGACAAGAUAAUCGACGAUGAUCACUGUGUGCGAAAUGAAACGACUGAAUCAAACACGACGAAUUCUACUUUAGGUAAUAUACAGAGCAGCACCAUUACUAAUGUACUAACGGAUCCGAUUUACUUGGACACCCUGGACUCCGAUUCCAUAAAUAUCGAAUUUCAAAAACAUCCGAGUACAACAGAAGUGUUUAUUAGGAAUGAUGAACACAUACAGGCGUCCAAUUACAAUAUCUCCACAGUGACAAUACCCAAUGAACUCCUGGACGGGCUUAAUCUCAACAUAAAGAAGGAGGAGGGCACAUUAUAUACUGCUGAAUGGUUGUGCGACAGUGAUAAUGACGCCAGCGUACGAUUGCGAGUAUUGAAGGAUACCAAGCAGAACAUACAAUUUCCCAUUGACGUUGACACUAGCAUAGUCACAAUAACGAAACGCAGGGGCCAAUUAACAGACGCCAGGGAUAUUCUGGAGGAAGAGAAAACUAAGGUGUCCAAGAAAGCUAAGAAACACGUUAGACUAAAAUCCGCUGUGCAGGAUUACAGAGAGAGAUUGAGAAAAAAGGCUGAGUGCAUGAGAGAGAAACGGAGGAAGUUAUACGAACAAGAAAGCGAGGAGCAACGUUUGCAGAGAUUAGCGAAGGAAGCGGCGAAGAGGCGCGAAAUGAGAAUGUAUUACGAGACGCCGGAACAACGGAGGAAGAGGCUCGACGCUGAGGCAGCGAGGAAAAGAGAAUACAGGAUGUAUAACGAGACACCGGAGGACAGGAGGAAGAGAUUGGAUCGUGAGGCCGAAAGAAGAAGAGUCAAGAGAUUGUCCUUGUAUGCGAGCGAAACGCCGGAGCAAAGAAGAGAGAGACUGAACAAAGAAUCAGCGAAGAGGCGAGAAGCUCGACUGAAUCAAUAUGCUAAGGAGACAGAAGAGGAGAGGAAAGAGAGAUUGCGGAGGGACGCCUUGAGAGCCAGGGAAAUGAGAUUUACAAGGUCUGCUAUCGAGACAGAAGAGGAACGUAGGCAAAGAUUAGUGAAAGACGCUCUUAGGAAAAGGGAGGUGAGAACGCAUGGCCAUUCAGUGAAUAAUAACUUCACGGAACUGCGGACUGUUCGCAAUUUUCAAGAAUUGAAUGAUGUGCAGAUAAGAGACAAUCCCGAAAAUCAAUUAGACGGCCAUUACUUAAGCUGGAUGCUUAGAUAAUGAGCAGGCAUCGGACGGCACGACUAGUUCACAGUGGAGAACUGCUGAUGAUAGUGGGGAAUUGCGUGCACAACUCAUCUUGUGACGCGUUUCUCCUAUGAACGUACUUCCAGGACUUUCUUACGUGAAUGACGCCGAUAAUAGCGACCAAUUUAAAUAUGCUUUCAUAUAUGCUUCCUACACAGUUUUCGGAUGUGAAGUGACAAAAAACCAUAAUAGCUAGAUUUACCGCUAUGCCAAUGUACUAUUGAUAAUAUGUAUGAGACUUACAAUAGCGAGUUAAAUUUGUUAGGGCUAUUUUAUAAAUAUUUAUAAACAUCGAGCGCAAAUAAUUACGCUGUUUUUUGUCGGUGUUAUAGAAAAUCAAUGUGACUAAUUUACAAGUAUGUUAAAAUGCUGACGACAGACAAUUCAGAAAAGAGGAAAGUCGAGCGUAGUCAGAAUGUUUAAUGGUGCGAUGAUUACUCGAAUACCUAAAGCUGUUCUUGUCAUAAAUACAACAGAUGUGGAAUACAUCUUGAAGUAAUGCAGAAUUAUUCUAUGACAAAAUAUAAAUGCAAGAAAAAAACAAACUUUGCCAUACUUUGAUGCAAUGCAAAAAAUAAAAGUUGUAUAUUGCAGAAAGGAAAACAAGAGAAGCAAUUCUUGCCAGUGCCUUUUAUUUGUCGUUCAACAAAAUGUUUAGACUGAAUUCAUUCAUACAUAUGUAUAUGCAACAUUUGACAUAAGUAAAUGGUUCUGGUUGAAGAUUGACUAUCUCUUGUGCUAUUUGUACAGUUACUAUGUAUUUCUUUCUAUAG